AUAUAAAUGGGGGGUAGCAUGAAAUUUAGUGGACACCAAUUGCCAAUUAACAGGGAACACCCAUUUUCAGACGCCUAGUCCUCGAGCUGUGGAACUCCGUUCUUCUUCUCCAGUGAUCUUUCAGCUAGUGAGUAUUAUUUUAUUCAGUUACAAAUACUUAAACUCUGAGAAAUGCUGAAGUUGAAACUUUGAAAAAGAAUAACUGUAUUUCAGAAGUAGAUUGAACAGAAAGGAAGGAGUUAGGUGAAGGAGGGGUUAUCCUGAACAGUAGACAUGCUGCAAACUAUGUCAAUGAGUACUCUUGCUACUUCUAGAUAUUGCGGAGGUUGUGGAUCCACCUAUCUGAGGACGCAUUUUGGACAGAUAAAAGAAGCCGCAACUGGUUUUGGUGAAAGUCAUUUUGUUUGGAAUGAUUGUCGGAAAAGCUUGUCCUUUUAUACCCACUUUGAUAUGCUAAAGCCAAGAAAUUUGAGAGCUCAAGCUGGAUGGCUGUUUAAAGGAGGCGAUCAAGGCUCAGAAGCAGGUUGUGAGCGUAGUGAGAGUGCCAAUGAAGAUAUCUUGAUGUUCUUUUUCCAGCUGGACCUGGCUACACGCGUGCAGUAUGCUUUGAACGUGGAGCAGUAUGAAAUUGCACAACAACUAAGAGAGAAGCUUACUGAGGUGGAAUCAGAGGUUUUGAAGCAGCAGGAGUCCAGAAGGGGAUCGGCCUCAAAGAGUGAAGCUCAAGAUAUGGCCAUAAGCAUCUUGCGUCUACGUGCAGACCUGCAAAAUGCAGUUCAGAGUGAAAACUAUGAUUUGGCGGCUAAAUUACGAGACGAAAUUUCCAAACUGGAGGCAGAAUCUCUAACUGCAUCAAUAAGAGCUCAGGCUUAUGUAAAUGUGGAAUAUGCAUUUCGAUUAGGCCAGAAAGUGAGACACAAGAAUUUUGGAUAUCGUGGUGUAAUAUGUGGGAUGGACCCAAUGUGUUGUGAAUCAAGUUCAUGGAUGGAAACUGCUCAAGUUGAUAAGUUGAGCCGUGGUCCUGAUCAGCCAUUUUAUCAGGUGCUGGUGGAUGUACAUACAGAUCCCAAUCUGUUAGUUGCAUAUGUUCCUGAGGAAAGUUUAGUGGCCCCCAGCGAACCAGAUAAGGAUAGAUUUGAUCAUCCCUACACCUCAUUCUUAUUCUUCGGGAUGGAUGCUGCUGGAGAUUUCAUACCAAUCAAGCAGCUGCGCGAGAAAUACAACAGGCCUCGGCAUGAGGUGCCUUACGAUCCAGAGGACGAGAAGGGUGGAGAAGGUUCCUAGAUUUGGCCACGAGCAUGCUCAUGCUCUGCUCUAUGCAAGAUUUGAAUAUAUGAGAAAUCUUUUUCCUGAUUUAAGAGAAAAUGACAGCUUGGGUUUCCGUCAUUUUGAGAGACUACAAAUCAUGUUUUCCUGCACAAUGUCCUUAGAAUACACAUGAUUGUGGAGGCUUUGGUGUAUAGUUGUGGAGAUUUAGGAUGACCAUGAUCAAAGUACAUAGAGCUUCUGUUAUUAUGAGCCACUUUCGGCAGAAAAUGGUCUAUUUUAGAACAAAGAACAAAAUGUGCCGUGUAUAAUGGAUGUAUGGUUAUUAUUCCACUUUUCAGGUCUCCUUUUAAAAUAAUUUGUAAGUUUUUUAUCUUAAGUAAAACAGAUGACCAAUCUUCAGUGAUGAAGACCAAGCACUCCAGUUGGGAAUGUUA